AUGCCUCGCAAGUACUACAACACGACAAGCAACGGCGGAACGACUUUAGGCGCGAACUCGGAGGAGGUUUUCGGGGUCUUGAUCCGAACACUUCCGGGCGUCUACGUUUUGCGUAUCCCGGAGCGAUCUAAGGAUAGCUUCUCUCGAGGAGCACCAGCUAGUCUCGCGGCGACAUCUCAAAAUCCGCUCACCGAGCUCCUUGUCGACGUGCAGAUGAAUGCACGUCUACGCGAGUACAAGGGCCGAAAGCACAUGACGGACCGCGUGCUGAACCAUUACAAGGACUGUGGUUGGAUGUCCUGUUCAAACUACGGUAAUUUCUCAUUUAGCUCCCUCCUCAUCUGCAGCAGCUCGAAUGGCGCUUCUUUGGGAUGA